AUGCUGUCCUUUCAAUUGUCCUCGCUUGUUGGAUUUGCGUUGUUGUCUGCCUCGCUCACCUUUGCACAGGCACCGCUGCCUGAAGUCAACCUAGGCUACGAGAUCCAUCAAGCGAUCAGCUUCAACCAAACCGGACAAACCUACAAUUUUUCAAACAUCAGGUUCGCUCAACCUCCGCUUGGUCAGCUUCGUUUUGCUGCGCCAGUACCACCGACUGGGACGGAUCCCGUGGUUCAAAAUGGCAGCGUGGGUAAAGUCUGCCCUUCCGCUAUUCCAAAUUGGUCUCCUACCGCAAAUCAGGUCGAGAUAGACAUCAUAGCAGGAAAUGUGUCAGUUUUCAACUACAGUGCGGCCAACGAGCAAUUGCAGAUGGUCUUACAGAAUUCACCUCCCGCGCCGCAGACGGAUGGACGAGCAACGGAGGACUGUCUGUUUUUGGACGUGAUCGUCCCCAAAGCAGUAUUUGACAAAGGAAAGAGCCGUUUAAUGAGACGCCAGCAAGGUGGUGCGCCUGUUAUCGUGUGGAUCUAUGGUGGCGGCUACACCCUUGGUUCAAAGGGUCAAUGGGGUAACCCUUCGGGCCUGAUCAAAGCCAGCCAAAAAGGGGGCGGCGACGGCAUUAUCUACGUCACGUUUAACUAUCGCCUCGGAGCUUUGGGCUGGCUUGCAGGUCCGACUUUUCAAGCAUCCGGAGGAACCGCGAACGCUGGACUUUACGACCAACGACUAGCACUAGAGUGGGUUUCCAAAUAUAUCCAUCUCUUUGGUGGUGAUCCUAAUCAGAUCACUAUACUUGGGGAAUCCGCUGGCGGUGGUUCCGCUGUGCAUCAAAUCACGGCUUUUGGGGGGCAGAAUGGCGUGUCCUUCCAGAAGGCCAUCGCCCAGUCUCCAGGAUAUGACCCGGUCCGGUCUAGCUUCGCUAUGGAAAACAUCACAAACACGUUUCUCUCGGUCUUGAACGUAAGCGGGCUGGCAGAAGCUCGCCAGAAGUCAUCGGAUGAAGUGAUCUUAGCAAACACCAUUCAAGUUGGCAAUUCCUACUAUGGCACUUUCACCUAUGGACCUAUGGUCGAUGGGAUAUUCGUGCCAGACUUACCAGGGGUACUCCUAAGUACCGGACGCUUCGCAAAGAAUGUCUCGGUUAUGGUUGGACAUAAUAUCGCGGAAGCGCCAGGAUUCACGCCUCCUUAUCUCAAAACCGAAUCCGACUUCCAGACUUGGUUGACAGUGAUGUUUCCAGGUAUCACCCAGACCGCCAUCAACCAUGUCCUAAAUACUCUGUAUCCUGCAGUGUAUGAUGGAAGCCAGCCUUACACCUCCGCUUUGGAGCGAGCCUUUCUGAUGGUCCAAGAGGUUAUCUUUGCGUGCAAUACCGACUACGUCAACAAAGCCUUCGGCAAUCAGACAUUCGCAUACGAAUUUCAAGUAGCACCAGGUUUCCAUGGGCAGGACCUUGCUUACACCUACUACAAUGGUCAAGGCUCAAGCGCCUCUCUUAUUGCUCCGCUUGCCGAGGAGUUACAAGGUUACCUGGUCAAUUUCGCUAAGACAGGGAACCCAAAUGGGCCGGGGCUGCCAUACUUUCCAAUAUACGGGUCAAAUUCAAGCAUCAACGCUCUCAAUGCCACCUACAUCAGGCCACAGCGGGAUGAUGCGGCCAACGAAAGGUGUGCCUGGUGGGGGAAAGGACUGUUUGCUUGA